GGGGGCGGGGCCAGCGCUGUUGGCGAGCAGCGCGAUGGCUCCAGCGCUGGGGUUGGGGCUGCUCGUGGGGCUCCUGGGGCUCCUCUGGGACUCUGGGGGCGCGGCGAGAAUUCUCCACUCCCUGCGUUACCUGCGUGUGGCAGUAUCGGAGCCCAGCCCAGGGAUCCCCCAGUUCAUGUCCAUUGGGUACCUGGAUGGGAUCCCCUUUGUGCGCUAUGACAGUGAGCGGGGCCGGAGGGAGCCACUGACACAGUGGAUAAAGGAUGGAGCUGAGCCAGAAUAUUGGGAUGAGGAGACUCAGAUCUGUGUGGGGAAGCAGCAUAUGUUUGCCAGGAACCUGGAGAUACUGCGGGACCGGUACAAUCAGAGCAGGGGUCUCCACACUGUGCAGCGGCUUUCCGGCUGUGACCUCCUGUCUGAUGGGAGCAUCCGUGGAUCCCGCCGGGAUGGCUACGACGGGAGGGAUUUCAUCUCCUUUGACCUAGAAUCCAGGAGAUUCGUGGCAGCCAACAGCGCUGCUGAAGUCACCAGGAGGUACUGGGAAGGUGAAACAAAUGAGGCUGAGAGGGUGACGAAUUACCUGGAGCACGUCUGCCCGGAAUGGCUCCAGAAAUAUGUCAGAUAUGGGCAGAAGGAGCUGGACCGCAAAGAGCCCCCUGAUGUCCACGUGUCUGGAAAAGAGGAACACAGGAUGCUAAUCUUGUCCUGUCACGCGUACGGAUUCUACCCCCGCACCAUCGCAGUCAACUGGAUGAAGGGGGAUGAAAUCUGGGAUCAGGAGACGGAGUGGGGCGGGGUCGUUCCCAACAGUGAUGGCACCUUCCACACCUGGGCCAGGAUCGAGGUGCGGCCGGAGGAGUGGGAGCAGUACCGGUGCCGGGUGGAGCAUCCCGGAAUGUCGGAGCCCGGGAUCUUCGCUUGGGAGCCGAGAUCUGGCAGGAAUCUCACCGUGGUGGUCGCUGUGUCCAUCACUGCCAUCAUCAUCCUCACUGUCCUCAUUGGAUUCAUUGUCUGGAGGCGCCAAUCUGGAAGGGUGGACAGGAAUGAAUACAGCAUGGCAGCCAGAAAUGACAUGGGAGCAAUGUCUUGACCGCAAUAAUCACCACUUCAGUGAUCCACGGAGCUGGAUCUGGCCCCUUCCCUCUUCCCAGGAAAGCUGAGAACUGUCAGCAGAGCUCAUCCUGCUGCUACCAGCCACCCACAGCUCUUGCUAACUGAAACACUAAUCUUAGAAAAUUAGGAUUUUAGUUACCUUGUUGAAAACAAUUAAAAGUUAGAAGGGAGUAGUUAUCUGAAACUUAAAUAAUUGAUUGUCUGUCAUUUUAUGUUUGCUCAGCUUCGCUUACAAUGGGAAAAGAUGAAACUAGUGAGCAGACCCAAAGAAACACAGAGAAUGCAACCAAAAACCCAUUCUUUGAAAAACUGGACUAUCCCCAGAAAUCAUUUGUAUUGUCAUUGAUAGAAAAGGUCGAGAGUUUAGGGUGAGGAAGACUUGCCUUACUUCCUCCUUUUAAGACCCCUCCCCAUGAAAAUGACCCCAGACUUAAUUUAAGAAGUCAAUCACGCAUGCUUAAUAGCUAUUCAAGCUAAUUACCACAGGAAGCGGGGGAUGGGAGGGACUGUUUUUAUGAAUAUGUAUCUAUUUGAAUCCUUUGCUAAUAAAUAGACUUUGUGAUCACCUGUGAUUUUGCAGUGGGUAUUAGAGGAUUACCUCACGCUGCUGUCCAGCGCUGAAUAAACAUACACUUUCUAACUUUA